UAUACGAUAGAAAUCCAGUUUGCAUUCAAUUUUCUUAUAAAUUAAACCUGUCAAUUGAACCUGUGGCGAAGUGCUUUAUAAGACCAUUUCUAAUAACACCACCUGGCAAACACCACCUCGUCAAUCUCAGAAUAACACUAUGACGCACAUUACAUCAGAAUCCACUCCCCUCCUCCCAGAGCCUGCUACCGAGCGCUCAAUCUCCUACCAAAGCUCCCAUCCAGCCUACGACGCGCGGCCACUGCACCCCAAUUACAGCAAGCAUGAAGAAUGCCAUGUUGACUACAGCGACAUCCUUCGCGACAUCAUCAUUGGCUUCUCAGAUGGUCUCACAGUACCUUUUGCCCUGACAGCAGGCCUGUCAAGUCUCGGCAGUGCCAAGGUCGUCAUCAUCGCUGGCCUAGCAGAGCUCUUCUCCGGCAUGAUCAGCAUGGGUCUAGGAGCGUACCUCGCCGCCGUGACAGAGCGCGACGCGUAUCAUUCACAAGCUGGUAAAAAAGAAUUCGCGGUUCAAAAUAGGCCUGGUGACGAGCGCACGGGUGUUUACGAUGUUUUGGAAAAGUACAGCGUCUCGCGUACUGCCGCUGCACCUUUGGUCGAUGAGCUCUGCAAGAACCCCACAGAAUGGGUGCGCUUCAUGAUGGAUUUCGAACUCAAGCUCGAGGAGCCCAAUGUUCAUCGUGCGUGGAUCUCUGCGGUCACCAUGGGAUUGAGCUACUUCAUCGGCGGACUGAUCCCCAUGAUCCCCUACUUCGUCAUGUCACGCGUUCGCGAAGCUUUAUUCGUCUCGAUUGGUAUCACGGUCGCUGUGUUGUUGGUGUUUGGAUACGUCAAGAACUACGUCGCUAUUCGCAAUCAUCGUGCGGGUGUCUGGGGAGCGGUGCAGACAUUGAUUAUUGGCAUGUUGGCAGCUGGCACAAGCUAUGCGAUCGUGCGGGGUUUGGAUUCGAGCGAUUCUUGAAGGAUGGUGUGACUAUGGCGCGACGGCGGCGUUUGGCUACGGCGUUAGGGUUCUUUUGAAUGCGAGCAAAGUCCUCGUGAUGGACGGCGUGAUUCAGGAUUUGGGUGCGACAAGGAUAAAAGUGAUGAUAGCAGAAUAUUCUCGUAUUAACGACCGAAAUGAAAAUACUCCAUUCCUCCAAAGGCAGCGUUUGUUUGCCUAACCCACAACCAUCUCCCGUUCCUGCCUCCUCUCCCACUCAUUAGUAGUGAUCUGUUCGGUGGUAUCAUCAACACUGACCUGAAAAAAAAGUGAAGCCAUCGCCCUCCCCAGAGUGAUCGGAAUUGAGUCAUCCAGCCCGCGAAGGGGACAGGACGCCGCGUAUCGCACUUCAGUUUUUCCCAAAACGAGCCUCGCAAAGACGUUCCCAUAGAGACAGCGUGACGAAAGCACGCGCUCUGAGUAUUUCUGAUAUCUGUUGCAGACGUGACAUUGACGCCAGGCCGUUACCGGCAGACCAACGAUUCCAGCAGAUGCCAGAUGUCGGUGAUGGGUGAGGCUUACUCCGAAUUUCCCACAUGCGAGGAGUUAUUGAGAGACAGCGCGAAGCGUGUCUCUCUGUUUGUAGCAUGGAAACGCAGCGUUGGGGAGGGCGAAUGGCUUAAGGAAGGAAAGAUUUUGGAAGCGAGGAAGGGUUUUUU